AUGAGUUGUUGCAUUAACAUAAAUGAAUAUUCGUUCUACGAGCAUUACAAGCAGUGUAACGUUGUAUUCCGUCAGGUGGCCGCCCUUUGUCUGCUAGCUGUGAGUGCGCAUGCGCAUUCAGCAGCGGUGUCCCACCAGUCACGUGUCGAUCAUGGACAUGGACACGGUCAUGACGUUCACCAUGAGCACAAGAUCCAUCACCCGAUUCACCACGUCCAUGAACACCACGGCCACCACGAUGGACACCACGGACAUAAUAUUGGACAUCACGGACAUCACGAGGUUCAUCACGGACACCACGAUGUGCACCACAACGACCACCACCAAUGGGAUCAUGAACACCACCACCCAGCCUACAAGUUCGAGUACUCCGUGAAGGACCACCACACCGGUGACCACAAAUCGGCCAACGAGCACCGCGACGGUGGCCACGUGAGUGGCUCCUACUCGCUCGUUGAGCCCGACGGCAACGUGCGCACUGUUCAUUACACCGCUGAUGACCACCACGGUUUCAGAGCCGACGUACACCACAAGACGGCUCACCACCACAUCAUCCCCCACCACCAUCAUGGCCAUCAUCAUGAUCAUCAUGGUCAUCAUGAUCAUCAUUAA